AUGAAGACCUCGCUGCGGCUAAACAGCAAUGCCGCGCCCCUGCUGCUGUGUCUGGGCACGGGCGUGUUCCUGUGGCUGCUCCUCAGCCUCGGGCAUGAUUACGUGCCCUACGUGCGGCUCCCGUCCCUGAGGACCGGUGAUGCCGCCGAUGCCGCCGGCUCCGGGCCGGACAGCUCCGCCACCGACGCCGUCGUACCGGAACAGACGCUCAUCACCGACACCACGAACCCUCCUCCUCCCGCCCGCGAAAACAUCCCCAACACCGUCCACUACGUCUACAUCCUCGCCAACGCCACCCACGGCGACUUCUCCUUUGCCUUCUCCGAGGUGCUCUCCAUCUACGCCGCCUCCAAGUACUGGCAGCCCGACGCCAUCUACCUGCACACCAACGCGCCCGACGCCGCCCUCGAGCGCGCCCGCUCCGGCGCCGCCGGCAAGUGGACCGCGCUGCUCUUCGCCGUGCCCAACCUGCACAUCGCCGCCGCCACCGUGCCCACGCACGCCGCCAACGGCAAGGAGAUUCACCUGAUGGAGCACAAGUCCGACUUUGUCCGGGUCGCCGCCCUGCGCGAGCACGGCGGCGCCUACCUCGACUUUGACGUGCACCCGCUGCGCUCCGUGCGCGCGCUGCUGGAAUCGGGCUUCGCGGCUGUCGCGGGCCGCCAGCAGGGCGACAACGCCGAGGUCAACUCGGGCGCGUUCUUCACGAAACCGCACUCGCGCAUGAUCGAGCUGUGGAGCGAGGGCAUGCACGCGGCGUUCACGGGGGAGUGGUCGGCGCACAGCAACGGCGCGCUGACGGCGGUGUGCGAGAACCUGGUGGCGGCGGCGCCGGGGGCGGAGGUGCUCAUCAUGGAGCGCAACGCGUUCGCGCCGGGCAGCUGGAUGCGUGAGGAGACGAUCGGGCUGCUGGAGGUGCACGAGGAGGAGCCGUCGAGCUGGGCGAUGAGGGGCGCAGACGGCAGCUUGCCGAGGUAUGAGGAGGAGCCGAUGACGAGGUGGACGGCGCCGGCGAAGGGGAGGGAUCGGCCGGAGUGGGCGCAGGACUGGAGCAAGACGUACAUGCUGCACGCGUUCAACCACAACCAGAAGGACUUUGAGAUUCCGGGAUUUGACCGCAUCACGCCGCGAUACAUCCUCGAGCGGAGGAGCAACAUGGCCCGCGCCGUGUACCCGGUUGCGCGGGAGCUCUACGAGCAGGGUCUGAUUGACAUUGACGACCCGUACAAGUUCAACGUGGAGGAGUGA